GCGUCCCAAACCAAGUCGUCGACGAUGGCCAGCAGUGAUCAAGAGUGGACCAAGGUCGAGGACAUGCGCCAGUCCCGCAUGGGUCCUUCAGGCCUCCGCGGCUGUGAACGUCAUCAGGGAGAGAAGAGUUCGGAUGAGUCGAUGGCCGAGACCGAGGUCUACGUGUCGGAUGAGGGGCGCUGGAAGAAGGCCUCCGAGGUCUUUCCGGAUCACCCAGGUGCCCGUCACUCCUGCUCUGGUCUGAGAUCUAUGUGCGCAGAGUUUGGAGGUUUGCUCCUGCCCCAUGCGGAUUCCGGUGAAAGACGCCAAUUAGCGAGCGUGAGGCAUGGAAGAGAAAUGAUCGGACGCCGGGUCCAAGGACCUUCUAGGUCCUCUGGGUUGAUUCGGGCAAUUCAGGGUCUCAUUUUGGUCCGGGGUCUACCCCUUGAAGCCCAGUGA